AUUUAUUUCUGUGUAGCCAUUAUGGCACUCAUGCGUACACAAAAAAGAUUCUGCAAACAAUAACUCAGUAUGAAUGGUCGUUCCGAAAUAUGACGGUCCAUACCUGGAAAAAAAAACGCAUGUUAAAUUUCAGAAUCACAGUGAAAAGGAUUUCAGUGAUCUAUAUCAUCAACUUCUUGCUGCCCAUAUUUUUCCUCUUGUGUCUGGAUUUAUUUUCCUUCCUAUUGUCAGACACUGGUGGUGAGAAAGUUGGCUUUAAAAUCACUAUACUGCUCGCUGUCACAGUCAUGCAGCUUAUUCUCAAUGAUCUUUUGCCCUCUUCAUCUGAGAUGAUUCCGAUCAUAGUGGUCUACUGUAUAGGAAUAUUUACCAUGAUGAUGCUCAGCCUCCUGGAGACCCUUUUUGUGAUGUAUCUUAUAGAGAAGGAUUCUUCAUUACAAGAAGAGAAAGCAGUUCAAGACAAAAUCCCGGCAAUGAAGAAAUACAAUCCCUCUUCCAGUGAUGUAACAGCUUUUAGAAGGCCAUCUGCAGCCAAAGAGGAUACUGGCAUCAUACAGAUGGAGGGGCAACUUGCACUGGACAAGUUAACUGAUGAGCUGAGGGAGAUGAAGAAAAUGAUCACUCUUCUAAACAGCGAUAGGUGUGAAGAAAAGAGUGGUUACUGGACCAAACUGGCUGGAAGAAUCAAUAAGAUUUUUGGAGUAUGUUAUGUUAUAUGUACUGCUGCAUUUUUAGCCACGAUUUUCUUAAACUGGACAAGUGAGGAAGAAUAGCUAAAAAAUUUAAAUCGGCCAUCUUAAUAUGCUGCCAUGUUGAGAGAUUGUGUGUACUUAUUAAUAAAUAACAAAUGUUAAAAAAGCAAGUGAUAACAGUUCAGGAACUCUAACUUUGCCUACCCCAAUCAAAGAAAACUUGGAGUUAGAUUAAUUGAACUCUGAGUAUCUAGCCCUUGAGUCAAGAACAUCUGCAAGACUCCGAUGAUCAGUGAUUUCCUAACACACUGAUUUACCAUGACCACCUUUAAAAAAAACAAGCUUCAUCUAAAGAGUAAAAAUAAAAUACUCUUUCUAUUUAUAUGCAUCAUAUACUUUUAUGGUAUAAUAUACUUUUACAUAAUCUGCAAACAACUGGCCGAGUCUUUGUGUAACAUUGAAUGCACCACAGUAUUCAUUCCAUAUUUAUCAGCAUUUACAGUAGCACAUCAUCUAUAGAAGAAUGAUUGGUGGACGACAAAAAUAAAGAAUAUCUAACAUCUUUGUAUGUAAAAAUGCAUAUCUGUUUUUCUCAACGAUCUGUGAAUUAUUUUAACUUAAUCCAUUAAGGAGGCAUUUCCUAAUGGCUCUAAAUAAUGUAAAAACAUAUUUUGACCAGAAAAACUGGAAAGUAAUUCAUAGAUAAAAUCAAGGUGUGAAGAUUUUGCUUGCAUGUCAACUGUAUUUACUUUUGUAACCUAAGUGUUAUAUUUAUACAU